UUUUCCGACCGCCCGCUUUAAUUACGAUGUGAAAUGUAUAAAGGGCAUUUUAAUAAUCAGACGAAACUGGGAAGUGCGUGGUGCAUCUUGUUUGCUGUGUGUCGUUCGCAGCCUGGGAAAUUGUCCCCGAGUUUAAGUUUCGGUGGAGGGUCACGCAAAUUGACCCGAGAAGAAUGCAUAAGUCAUAAAUUAAAAUAAAGCCCUCAUACACGGCCCGGUCCUUUUAGAGACAAUACAGAGCGUGGACGAGCCGGGGGUCCCCUGCAAGGGCUGCGGCUCCAAAACAACUCAAGUAAGUCAUUUUCAUGAGUUCAACAUUGCCGAAGCAGUGAUCACUGGGUGCCGGGGCUGAAAUCUCUCUGUUUCUAGUAAUGUCUUCCAAGCAAGUCACCUCUCCGUUCACCCCCACCGCUGAUGGAGAGGACACCAUGAGCCAAGAGCGCCUGCCCUGGGAGAAGGAAGAGAGUAUGGACCCCCACAGUGGCCCCCAUCUAACCCUGCAUGGCCUGCAGCAGGGCAAAACCCACCCCGAGGAGCUGCCUGACAUCAGCAGCAUCCCACCCGAGUCCCACUGGGACGGUAUGGUGUCGGCCCAGCAGCGCAUGGAGUCUGACAGCAAUAAGGUGUGCUCCCUAUACUCGUUCCGGAAUAACUCUACCUCACCGCACAAGCCCGAGGAGGGGGCCCGCGAGCGUGGGGACAUGCUGGGGAGCUCUGCUUUCGGCACACCCGAGCGCCGCAAGGGAAGCCUGGCCGAUGUGGUGGACUCUUUGAAGCAGAAGAAGCUGGAGGAGAUGACCAAGACAGAGCAGGACGAAUCCUCUUGCAUGGAGAAACUUCUAUCUAAAGACUGGAAGGAGAAGAUGGAGCGUCUGAACACCAGCGAGCUCCUGGGAGAAAUAAAAGGCACCCCUGAGAGCCUCGCGGAGAAGGAGCGCCAGCUCUCUACCAUGAUCACCCAGCUGAUCGGCCUGCGCGAGCAGCUCCUGGCCGCCCACGAUGAGCAGAAGAAGCUUGCCGCCUCGCAGAUGGAGAAGCAGCGGCAGCAGAUGGAGUUGGCUAGGCAGCAGCAGGAGCAGAUCGCCAGACAGCAACAACAGCUCCUGCAGCAGCAACACAAGAUCAACCUUCUCCAGCAGCAGAUUCAGCAGGUCCAGGGUCACAUGCCGCCGCUCAUGAUCCCCAUUUUUCCACACGAUCAGCGCACUCUGGCAGCAGCGGCGGCGGCGCAGCAGGGGUUCCUCUUCCCUCCGGGAAUCACUUACAAGCCAGGUGAUAACUACCCGGUGCAGUUCAUUCCGUCCACAAUGGCAGCGGCCGCCGCUUCAGGACUCAGCCCGCUCCAGCUCCAGCAGUUGUAUGCAGCCCAGCUGGCGAACAUGCAGGUCUCCCCAGGAGCCAAGAUGCCCUCCCUUCCUCAGCCACCCAACUCCUCUGGGCCCAUCUCACCUACAGGCUUUAAGAAUGAGAAGAGGUCCUCGAGUCCUGUCACUCAAGUAAAGGACGAGGGAACACAGCCCCUGAACCUCUCUGCCCGGCCAAAGACUGGUGAGCCGGUGAAGACGCCCACCUCCCCCACACACAGCCUGUUCCCGAGCAGCAAGGCCAGCCCUAACAGCCUGUCAGCCAAGGGCAUCCCCAGCCCCAUCUCUGGCCUGGGCCGGGGCUCCUCUCUUGACAUCCUGUCCAGCCUGAACUCCAGUGCGCUCUUCGGGGACCAGGACGCCGUGAUGAAGGCUAUCCAGGAAGCCCGCAAGAUGCGGGAGCAGAUCCAGCGGGAGCAGCUGCAGCACCACUCGCAGGGUGUGGACGGCAAGCUCCCCGGCCUCAGUAUGGGCCUCAACAACUGCCGAGUGGACAAGGACAGGGCACAUUUCGAGAGCCUUGGCCAACACUUGGGAAAGCUGGGUGAGGACGGCAAGAUGAGUCACAGAGUGAUCGACCUCACAAGGCCAGAAGACUUGGAUGGGAACAAAGAAGUCAAUGGCUCAGCAGAUAAACCACAGCAAUAUUAUUGUUGGCCAACAGGAGGCACCAGCACAGCUGAGGCGCGUGUCUACAGGGAAUCCCGGGGGAGGAACAGCAACGAGCCACACAUCAAGCGGCCCAUGAAUGCCUUCAUGGUCUGGGCCAAAGAUGAGCGUCGGAAGAUCCUCCAGGCCUUCCCAGACAUGCACAAUUCCAACAUCAGCAAAAUCCUUGGAUCGCGUUGGAAGGCCAUGACCAAUCAAGAGAAGCAGCCCUACUACGAGGAGCAAGCCCGGCUCAGCAAGAUCCACCUGGAGAAGUACCCCAACUACAAGUACAAGCCCCGCCCCAAGCGCACUUGCAUCAUUGACGGCAAGAAGCUGCGCAUCGGCGAGUACAAACAGAUGAUGCGCUCGCGGAGGCAGGAGAUGCGGCAGUUCUUCACAGUGGGACAGCAACCUCAGAUUCCCAUUAGCACCAGUGCAGGCGUAGUCUACCCUGGUGCCAUAACCAUGGCCACCACCACACCCUCUCCACAGAUGACAUCGGACUGCUCGAGUGCAUCGGCCAGCCCUGAGCCCGCCAUCCCUGUCAUCCAGAGCACCUAUAGCAUGAAGGUGGAGCCUGGCACCAUGCUGACCAGCGGCGAAGCUGUCAACGGAGAUGAUGAUAUGGACAUGUACGAAGACUUUGAGGAUGAGCCCAAAUCGGACUACAGCAGUGACAAUGAGACGCAAGAGCCGGUCAGCGCCAACUGAGCCCGACCCCGGUGGGCAUUUGACAGACUGGUACCAGAGAGAACCAGCGAGAGAGAAAGAGAGAGCGUGCACGAGAGAGGCAGAAAAGCAAACGAAAGAAGAACUAAUUUCUGAACCUAUAUUUUUCAGGAGCUUGCAUGCAGAUGUGGCUCCGCACGAGUCAACAGCUAUUCGUCUUAAAUGUUUCAAAAUGUGUGAAGUAGCUUGACUGUUUUCAUUUCUCUUUUGCAGUUUUUUUUGUUGUUCCCAAUCUUCAUGUUUUGAUCAUGGACAUUUUACACAGUUAGGUCAUUGCCUAUAAAACUUUGGACGUCAGGACUUGAAAUUUAACAUUUAACAUGGAUACGUAGCACUCACAAACUUAAUUUGUUCUUAUAAAUAUAUACUUUUUUUUUCCUUUUGAAUGCUUUUCAUAGCUUACAUUACUGUUUGUGAUGGGGGUUAUAUAUUCUCACUCAGGUAUGCUGUACCAGCCAACAGCUUGUGAAUGUGUUUUUAAUCUGAAAAAAAAAGAGGAACGAAAAUUUCUCAUCGAGAUAAAACAUAGUACAAGUCCACAAGUGUUCAAAUGAGCACAGAGGGAAAGCUUCUGACUCCCUUGUCAUCAUUAUUAUUAUUAUUAUUAUUAUUAUUAUUAUUAUUACUAAUAAUAUUGUCUUCUUAUUGUACAGUUUUAACUCCACACGUGCCAAACUUUUCAUAGUCUUUCUUCACUUAUAUCUUAAAUUCUUACGGGAAAUUCUUACUUAAGUCUUACGGGAGACACUGCGAGAGUCUUAGACAAUCUUUUUGGCAUUCUAUCGGACUGGCGUGAAAUGAGGCGCGUUUCUUCCUUCCCUACCAUGGCAAAGUACUCAGGAACCCGCUGUUGAGUUGGGACGCGGUUGCCACGGCACUUUUGCCCCAGUGGCCCUAGCCGUCGCUGAGCGCAGUGAUGCUUGGGGGGAUGUCCAGUACGGUGAUCAUCAGCACCCCCACACUCUCAGCUGUGCCUGCGGAGACCAGCUGCUGUCUGCGUUUAGCCCUCCCAGUCAGUCUUACCCAGUCAGUCCUUAAUCAGAGUGAUUGUAAUCAGUCCAAAAUGCCAAGGGGCCAAAGGCUUCCAAUCUGUGGAAUUGGAAAGGCAGCAAGCGGCAGCUUUGUUGGCAUUACAAUCACAAAUUGCUGUUGUACAUUAUGUACAGUACAUUCUGCUAAACGCUUCAGCCCCCAGUGGGACACCAAGUUUAAAGUCCUUAAAUUUAAAGUCUUUAUCCUUCACGUAACUCUUCUUUUAUUUGCUGCAUUACAGAUCUUACCUGACACACAAAGUCUUAACGCUGAGCUCUAUGAUGGGGCUCACACAAUGUCUUAACAGUGUACAAGGCUAGACUAGCCUCUCGUGAAGUGAGAAGUCACUAGGGCUCAGAUUCAAGCUGCUGGGAGUUGAGUCAGGCCUUGCCCAGAACCUGCGUAAGGCCCGAGUACAGAAUAACCUGCCUUAUGGAUGGGCAGUAGGUGGUGUAGCGAUUAGAACUGCCACCGUGGACUCAAAGGACCCAGGUUUGAAU